AAACCCGGAAGAGUGUCGUCAUUAGCAACAACAAACCCACCUGCCUUAAAUGACAGCUGACCGCCACCGAUUUGUUGCUGCCCGGCUUCACCUCAGCCCGUGACAGCGUGCGCGCACAUUUGCUGGAGUGUCGCUCGCUUUACGGCGCUUUUAAUCGGCAACCGUGCGAAUCGGUUUCCGACUGUUUUAUUUAGGUCGCCCGCUUUACCGCCACAGUAACGUUAGCUUGGCUUGCUAGCGGCCAGCGACGUGAUGGCAUGCGUGUGACUGGGAGAUCGCCUCAACACUGCGUUUAGCUAAACGGCACUUCUGCUCCCAGCGACUGCUACAGCGGAUGAGAAACCUCCAAGGGGCUCCUGUAAACGGAUCGCAAGCUGCCAUGGAGCCGUCCGCGGCGACCGGCUGUGUGAAUAUCGGCAGUCUGACCAGCACCUUGGCGGCGAUCCCCUACCAGAAGCUGACCGACCUGUACUACCUGAGCAGAGGGGGCUUCGGCACCGUGUUCAAGGCGCAGCAUUCGGACUGGAGGACCACCGUGGCCAUCAAGUGCCUGAAACUCGACUGUCCCGUGGGAGAAAGAGAGAGGAACUGCCUUCUGAAAGAGGCAGAAGUGCUUCACAAAGCCAGAUUCAACUACAUCAUCCAGAUCUUUGGCGUCUGCAAUGAGCCCGAGUUCUUCUGCAUCGUCACAGAGUUUAUGAGCAAUGGCUCUCUGGACCUGUUGCUCCACGAGAAGGAGAUGUACCCUGUUCUUGCCUGGCCUUUGCGGCUGAGGAUUCUUUAUGAAAUUGCGCUUGGGGUUAACUUUCUUCACAACAUGAACCCACCACUCCUCCACCACGACCUGAAGACGCAGAACAUACUGUUGGAUGGUGAAUUUCAUGUUAAGAUUGCAGACUUUGGCCUUUCGAAGUGGCGGCAGUUGUCUGUCAGUAAGGGCUCGGGCUCCAAGCCCUCAGAGAUAGGGGGGACGGUGAUCUACAUGCCCCCUGAGGAGUACGAACCGUCCAAGAACCGCCGUGUUGAUGUGAAACACGAUAUGUACAGCUACGCCAUCAUUAUGUGGGAGGUGCUGUCAAGGCAGAUACCAUUUGAAGAGGUGACCAACCCCAUGGCGAUCAUGUUCAGCGUGCUGCGUGGGACGCGUCCUGACACCAGCUUGGACAGCCUGCCUCAUGACAUCCCCAGCAGACACACGCUCAUUGAUUUAAUGACCAGCGGCUGGACGGCUAACCCCGACGAGCGGCCUUCGUUUCUCAAGUGUUUGAUGGAGCUGGAGCCCAUGGUUAGGCAGUUUGACGAAAUUGACUUCCUGGAGGCUGUGCUGGAAAUCAAGAGGUCAAAGUUGAGGCAGAGGUCAGGGUGCUGUUCAGCUCAGCCAGUGAGCGAGAAGAGCAGUAGAGAGGGAACCCUGGACAUGCUUGUGGGCAGACCCAGCCUCUGGCCGGAGAGCUCCAGCUCAGGUUCAGGCUCAGGCGUAUCUCUACCAGGUGUCCUCACCAGCAGCAAUGCUGCACCCUCUAAAGGUGACCUUCCAUCAUCGUUCAUAGCUCCUACUCUGGAGCCUCCCAAUUCUCUGAUCGAUCAGAGCACUAUCAACAAUUUGGACGUCCACCAGAGCGCCAGGCCCAUUGACCUGAACAUUCCCCUGAAGCCCAGCGAGUGCGAGACGCGGCUGGAGAACCUCACCAUCAAUCUGCCUCGGCAACAAGCGGAGCACUCCUCCCCCCUGCGCCACUCCCCGCCCUCACAGGGCCCUUUCGGCCAGUGGAUCUCAAUACGGCGCGAGGGGAUCGUCUCCCAGAUGACGGAGGCCUGUCUGAACCAGAGCCUGGACGCCCUGCUGGCCCGCUCCAUGCUCAUGCCGGAGGACUACGAGCUUGUGGUGAAUCAGCCCACGCGCACUGCCAAGGUCCGCCAGCUGCUGGACAACUGUCACAGACGCAGCGAAGACUUUUGCCUCAUCGUCGUCCGCAAGCUGCACGACAACAAGAUGAAGGACCUGCAGCCGUACCCGCCGGAGGUCACGUCGCCUUCCUUCGCGCCCAGCGUGCCGCCGCUGUCCAUGUCCUGCAAUAUCACCAGGAACAUGUAGCGGCCUCCACAGCCAAGCAAUGGAAACGCUCCAGAUGAUAGACUGAUCCAACUUUACACUACAGUUAUGAGUUAUUGUUUUUUGGACUGUUGUCAGCGAGAUGGUCACUGUGGUUCACCAUGAGGAGCAACAAGAAGAUUAUAAGAGAAGUUAUGUUUUUAUUUAACAAGAGACUUAUUUGUAGUCCGUUCUUUGUUGGUGUAUUGCAGGGUUUGAUAAAUGAUAGUGUGUGUGUGUGUGUGUGUGUGUGUGUGUGUGUGUGUGUGUGUGUGUGUGUGUGUGUGUGUGUGUGUGUGUGUGUGUGUGUGUGUGUGUGUGUGUGUGUGUGUGUGUGUGUGUGUGUGUGUGUGUGUGUGUGUGUGUGUGUGUGUGUGUGUGUGUGUGUGUGUGUGUGUGUGUGUGUGUGUGUGUGUGUGUGUGUGUGUGUGUGUGUGUGUUUUUCUAUAGCAUCACUUGUAAAAUGCGAACAUGUUCUAUACACUCAGUUGAUCUGAGCAGGUAGCAAGACAAUUGUUACCAAUGGUGGAAAACCUACGGCCAAAUUAAGGUUUUGUCUUUAUGUCUCAUCUUUACUUCCCUGAUACUCCAGCUGAAAGUCGGUGAGAGGAAAACAGAAGUGGACUGUAGUCGUGUGACUUUGUGGAAACCUUCUUUGCUGCCCUUUUCCCUGCUGAGCUUAGACACUGACUGGGACGCGGGCUAAAGAGGAAGUCGAGAUCGUAACGUAACACCCCCAGAGUGAAGGGUUGGUGUCUCAGCAUGUCUGUGGUGGAUGAGUGGACCAAAGUGAUCUGUCCUCAGAUUGCUUUUGGGCUUCUCGGUACUGGCCUCAUUUCUCCGUAUUUGUACUUCCAGAGUCAUAGUUCUUCCAUUAGAACCACAGGGAAUAAGCCUCUUUUGCCUGUAGCAUCGAGAGAAGUCUUCUUAUUCCUCUUGUGGUGUGCAACUUUUCAAAUCCUGUCUGACCGCUUUCCAGCUCAUGGUAAAUUGAUUAAUGCAAACAAUAUAUACUUAUUUAUAUAUUUUUGCCAAUACAGAUUUGAAACGCAGAAGCAAUAGAGCUGCCAUUAACAAUUCUCUGGUCUUUGGUUGGAGGAUCUGCUGCUGUCUUAAUAACAGUUCAUCUUCAAUAACAGUAUUGCAGCUGUGGCGUUUACUGCCUGUUCAUCCAUCCUUUUAUAUCUCCGUGUAUAAACUCUCAGUUGUGUUUCAUGAUGAUGCGCAGGCCAGCCAACAACAGACACAAACCCAACGGUCCAUGAGCCACUGCAGGUUAUUGGCGAGAGCCGCUGUUACAGGAAAUGGUGCCAAAUGAAACCGUACAGUGUUGAUUUUAAUGGUAAAAAGGUCAGAAGGUCAAGCUAGGUUGUUCCACCCACAUCAAGCCAAGAAUAACUAUGUUACGCCUGUAAUAUCCCACAUAAACUGUAACAUAUUGAACUGUAGAUGAUAGUUUCAUCGUUAUCAUUUCUUUAAACCCGUGCUGUUGGUUGUUAUGAUGGAAUUGUCUUCUGGCCCGAUCUUGUGCCCAUAUCGAUGUUAGCUAACCAAUUAUAACGUGUGUCGUCGACGUGCCUCUGCGGCUUCAGCCGAACCCAGGUUUUUUUCAUAUAUUAUGUCAAACUCUUCAUUAAAUUUGGUAUUCUGUUUUUA